AUGACGGGACUCUCGGCAAUCAACAAGAAGCUACACAAUAUGGCGGCCACAGUUGCGCAUGCCAAUCCGGUACCGAAUCAGAUCGGCGGAGGAGGACUCUCCAAGAUGAUGGGCGGCGGCGGCGGCGGCGGCGGUGGUAGUAACAGCAACGGCCACGGCCAUGCGCAACAGCAGCAUGUCGACGCUGGAGUUGGCCCCGUCGCAACCCGGAGGUUGACUCCCCAGGACUUCCGCGUCGUGAGGACACUCGGAACCGGUACCUUUGCCCGAGUCUGCCUCGUAAGGCCCGCCAAUGCGACUGACGAAGAGCGCGACACCGUGUUUGCUCUGAAGAUCUUGCGGAAAACAGAGGUCAUCAAGCUCAAGCAGAUUGACCAUGUCCGCCACGAGCGCAUGAUUCUCGGCGACGUCGCUGGCCACCCCUUUAUCACGAACCUCAUCUCAUCCUUUGCCGACCGCGAUCACCUGUACAUGCUGCUCGACUACGUUCCUGGCGGCGAGCUGUUCAGUUACCUGCGCAAGUUCCGCCGCUUCGACGAGGAAACGGCCCGCUUCUACGCCGCAGAGAUCGUCUUGGUGCUCGAGUAUCUGCACGAGCAACAGGGGAGGGUCGCAUACCGCGACCUCAAGCCCGAGAACCUCCUGCUGGACGGCGAGGGCCACAUCAAGCUGGUCGAUUUUGGCUUCGCAAAGAGGUUAAGUAAUAGCGCCGGCCAACCGAUCGAGACGUACACCCUCUGCGGCACUCCCGAGUACCUCGCCCCCGAAGUGAUCCAUAACAAGGGCCACACGACGGCUGUCGAUUGGUGGGCGCUUGGCAUACUGAUUUACGAGUUUCUGACGGGCUACCCACCUUUUUGGCACCAGAACCCUAUCGAGAUCUACAAACAAAUUGUCGAGAAGCCCGUAAUGUUCCCGCACGACCCGCCCGUUUCGGCCGAGGCACAAGACUUGAUCAGGUCGUUUUGCACCGUGGAUCGAUCCCGGCGGCUAGGCAACAUCAGCGGAGGGGCCGCCAUGGUCAAAGAACAUGCCUUUUUCCGGGGCGUCAACUGGGACGAUAUCUACAACCGCCGCGUACGGGGCCCCAUCAUCCCACCGAUUCGGUAUCCCGGCGACGCCCAAUGUUUUGACAUUUACCCCGAAGACGACGGCAAGCGGGAACCGUACACGGACGACAUGGUCCAAAAAUACGACCAGUAUUUCAAAGAUUUUUGA